ACCCGUCUGGACUGGAAAAUAGCCCAAACCCGUCUUCAGAUUCCGAAGCUCGGCCCAUAUUUCUUCCUCACAAAAAUUCGCCAUUUCAUACAGAGGAGAGAGAGAGAGAAAGAGAACCCGCUCUACUCACUGGAAGGACGAGCUUCGUCUCUCAUCAGAACCAUAGCCCAGUAAAAACUUUCAACGAUGGACGAAACCCUAGUUCCUUCGGAUCCUCAACCCACCGACGAAGUGAUGAACGAAGUUCAGCAAAACCCUAAUAAAAACCCUUCCAAGUCCGAUUCCGAGUCCGAAUCAGAUGACAACGAUUCCGACGACGAGGCACAGCAAACCGUCCAAAUAGAAACCCUAGAAAUUGAGCUCUCCAAUAACCCGGCCAACUACGACGCUCACGUCCAAUACAUAAGAGCUCUGAGAAAGAAGGGGGACAUUGAGAAGCUAAGGAAAGCAAGGGAGGCAAUGAGCGAGUUGUUCCCGUUGAGUCCUGCAAUGUGGCAGGACUGGGCUAAAGAUGAAGCCUCUCUGGGCUCUGGAUCUGAAUCCUUUCCUGAAAUUGAGAAGCUUUAUGAGUGCGGCGUGUUCGAUUAUCUGUCUGUCUCCUUGUGGUGUGACUAUCUGAAUUUUGUGCAAGAGCACGAACCAUCAGUCCGUGAAUGUUCACCUGUGGGUAUUUUGAAGGCAAGGGACUUAUUUGAGCGUGCUCUUACUGCUGCUGGUUUGCAUGUUGCUGAAGGUCAUAGGAUAUGGGAAGCAUACAGGGAAUUCGAGCAAGCUAUCUUUUACACAAUUGAUGCGACUGAUGUUGAGGCAAGAGAAAAGCAGAUCCAGCGCAUUCGACAUAUUUUCCACCGCCAGAUGUCUAUCCCACUUGGCGAGCUCAGGUCAACGCUAGUUGCCUACAAGUCUUGGGAGGCAGAACAUGGGACAGUUCCUGAUGCCAACUCUGGCGAAUUGGAUGGAGUUUCUUCUUAUGUUGCAUCAGCAUACCAAAAGGCAUUGGAGAUGUUAAAUGCUCGUGUCCUUUUUGAAGAACGGGUUUCUAGACUGGAUGCCCCUGACGUUGAAAGACUUCAAGAAUACAUGGCCUACCUGAAAUUUGAGCAGUCUUCUGGGGACCCAGCUCGGGUUCAACUUCUUUACGAACGUGCUAUAACAGAGUUUCCUAUAUCUAAUGCUCUCUGGUUUGAUUAUACUCGCUAUAUGGACAGUACGUUAAAGGCUUCUAGUAUUGUAAGGGAUGUCUAUUUGAGGGCAACAAAGAAUUGUCCAUGGGUGGGAGAGCUGUGGGUUCGGUACUUGCUCUCCCUUGAACGUGGUCGUGCUUCUGAGAAAGAGAUAUCUGCUGUUUUUGAGAAGUCUAUUUUGUGCACUUUUUCAAGCUUCGAUGAGUACCUGGAUAUAUUCCUGACUAGGGUUGACGGUUUACGGCGGAAAAUUUCACAAGCUGGUGAAGUAGAGGAUGCCUUGGACUAUGCAGUAAUAAGAGAUACAUUUCAGCGUGCAUCUGAUUACUUAUCACCACACCUCAAGGACAUGGAUGGUUUGUUGCGAAUUCACUCUUACUGGGCCAGAUUAGAGUCCAGUUUGGGAAAAGAUUUAGUUGCAGCUCGUGGAGUCUGGGAGUGCUUGCUUAAAAUCAGUGGUUCUAUGUUGGAUGCUUGGAAAGGUUAUAUAGCAAUGGAAGCCGAAAUGGGCAACAUAAAUGAAGCUAGAUCUCUUUACAGGAGAUGCUACAGCAAAAGAUUUCCUGGGACGGGGUCAGAGGACAUAUGCCAUUCCUGGUUACGCUUCGAGAGGGAGUUUGGCAUGCUGGAAGAUUUUGAUCGUGCUAUACAAAAGUUGACUCCACGUCUGGAAGAGCUGCAGUUAUUCAGGUUGCAGCAGGAAAGCAAAAACGUUGGUUUGAUGACAAAUCAGAGAGAAAACAUCUCCAAGAGAAAUACACCUGAAAAGAGAAAGCAAGGAUCAAAUGUAGGUGAUGAACAGCCAAAAGCAAAGCGACAGAAAAAUACAGCUCCAGACAUGAGGAAAGCUAAGGGAGAGGAUAAAGCUCGGGAGAAGAGCUCAGUUGAAACAAAAACACUUGAAAAUACCCAAGUCAAGGAUGGCAAAAGUAGCAGUGCACAUGGAAAAGAAACCAAAGAUUUGACCCCAGAAAAACCGAAAUACAAGGACCAGUGCACUGCCUUUGUAUCAAACCUAGGCUUCCAGGCAACUUACGAUGAUCUACGUGGCUUCUUCAGUGAUGUUGGUGGAGUAGUUGCUAUCCGCAUUUUAAAGGACAAAUACAGUGGAAAAUCAAGGGGAUUGGCAUAUGUGGAUUUUGCCAAUGACGCACACCUUGAAGCCGCUGUGGCAAAGAACAAGCGGACACUACUCGGGAAGAGAUUGAGCAUUGCGCGCUCAGAUCCAAAGCAGCGGAAAACAAGGGAAUCUCUUGGCCGUCAUGCCCCUGUGGAACAUGGUGAAAUGUCAAAGCAUGCGAAUGGCCAAACAAGUACAGUCGGUGAAUCUGAUCCUAAGGAAGAUAAAUCUGAUACAUCAAAAGGGGCCACGGGAGGACAUGAUCCUAAAUCAACAAAUCCUCAUAAUGAUGGUGACAAUAUCCAGCUUAAAGGAAAGAACACAUUUGCAGUGCCAAGAACUGUCAGGCCUCUUGGUUGGACCGACAAGAAUAUUGUAAAAAUGGAGGUAGCUGAGGAAGGUGAAGACGAGAAGCCAAAGUCCAACGAUGAGUUCAGAAAGAUGUUGCUCAGAAAAUAGUUUACCCAAGCAAGACGAGAUUACAACUUAUAUUUCAAGAGGUAAAUUUUUUAAGAUGUCUUAGAUAAGAAUACAGAAGUUGCAAAAUUAUACCAAAAUAUAGUCAUAGGUUUGUCCUCUGUAUGUUUACCUUAGCAAUGGAAGCCUAUUUUUGGAUAACUGAGUUUUUUUGGCACAAUUCGUUUUAUCGU